AUGGGCAGCAUCGCCAGGGAGCCCGCCGACGGAGCCAUGGAGCCCCGCGCCGAGCUGAGCGCCCCCGAGACGCGCGCCCCCGUCAAGCGGGACUACCAUCACCGGUAAGGGGGCAGGCGUGGGGAGGCGCUGCUACCUCCAGACCCAGGGAGAGCAUGCCGGGUGGCAUCUGGAGAGCUGGAAGGGGGACCCCAAAGGUCAUCCAGUCCAACCCCCUUGCAAGGCAGCAAUCACAGCUCAAGACUCCCGGGCAGAUGGCCAGCCAAGGAAGGAGAUCCCGCCACUUUCUUAGGGAGCCCAGGGCCAGCUGCUCUGUAGAGUUGGGGGUGGGGGUGGGAAAAGGGGGCAGCGGGCUCCCCCUCUGAGCGCGUGGGGCAAGGGAGCGUUUUUGAGCGAGAUCUCUUGGCAGCUGCUGUGAUGGUUGUUUAUCCAGUGGCAGGGAGUUCCUCUGGUCCCCUUUGAGGAUGUGGGGGCUUGUUGGGCAGGGGUGGGGGAAUAUGUCUCUCUUCAGCCGAAUAUGGUGCGUGGGGGGGGGCAGUGAAGAAAGUGGAUUAUUGAGGGGAGCAGUGCAGCUCCGGCCUCCUCCACCUGCACUCAGAGAUUUGCAAUGGUUGCUGAUAUAAUCCCUGGCCAAGUUCAAGGUGUUACUUAACAGCCUUUUUACCUGUUACUUAACCAGUUUACCUGCAAGAUCACCUCGCCCCAUAAACGCCUAAUUCGACUGCUUCCAUCAGCGGAACAGACUCUGCCACAUAAGACCUCAAUACUCUAGAUUUUAGGGUGACAGCACGCUCACUUUGGAACUCCCUGCCUCUUGACUGCACUCUUUUGGAUGCCUGCUAAAAUCAUUUUCAUUAGGACAAGCCUACGCAGGUGUUCAGAAAGCUGAUGCUAGUCUUAACCGGUUUUUAGUCCAUUGCCAUUUUAAUGUUACGGAUGUCUUCAAUUAUGAUUGCUAAUUUUUCUUGGCGAUAAUUUUAUUGUUUUAUCUCUUUCGUGAACCCCUUGGAGGUUUCUCCUUUACAAUCAAGUAGGGUAAAAAUGAAAUAAAUGUUGCUGGGGACGGGUGAGGAGCAGGCCCUUCCUGGUCAAAGAACGAAGCUUUGCUGCAUCCAAAUUGGCCUCCCUUCCACUUCAGGACUCAUUUCCAUCUCAAAAGCGCUUUCUGCUCUAAUAACUUGUAUUUUCUCCUCCCCGCCCCCCCAGUCCUCCUCGUCCUCCUCUCCUGGCAAGGCCGUUCCUUGCUUUCUCCUCCUGCUGGCUCUUUGGGGCCAGGACUACACGCUCCCCCGCCCCAAGGACAAUGUCAGCAGGGAAGCGGCCGUGAAGGCAGAGGCAUUGCAGGCCCAGAAUCUCAAGUUGGGGGAGAUAGGAGGGGAAGGACUUUUCCUUUGGGCUGCUCCUGUAUUACUUUUAUUAUUAUUGUUGUUGUUUAUUUUAAUUUCUGUUAUUUUAUUUAUAUCCCACCUUUUUCUCCACAGAGCUCAAGGGGGCAUCUAUUUAUUUUUUAUAUAAUUUUUUAUUAGUUUUUUUUUAACAUACCAUUUUCAAUAGUAACUAAACAUAUUUUUACAUCUUAUUCAGUUUUUUUUGACUUCCAUCAGUCCUGUCUGAAAAUUUUCCCAUCUAAUCUCUUAGUAUACAUUUCUUAUUUCCCCUGUUACAUUUAAAACUCCUAACCAAUAUCUCUGUUCUUUAUCUACUUUGUAGCACUUCAUAUAUUCCUCCUUACAAAACUUCUUCUAGUCCUACUAUCGUCAUUUGUUGGUUACAAUUGCUUUUCAAAUAGCUCAUAUACUUCUUCCAAUCUUCUGUAAAUCUCUGGUCCCGCAGGGUUCGAAUCCUUCCUGUCAUUUUGUCCAAUUCUGCAUAGUCCAUUAUUUUCGCCCGCCAUUUUUCUUUCGUCGGAAUUUCUUCUUGUUUCCUCAAGGGGGCAUUUAACCCCCCACAACAACCCUGUGAGGUAGGUUAGGCUGAGAGGCAGCAAGGCACUGGCCCCAGGUCACAUCCAGCGGGCUCUGUGGCUGAGUGGGGAGUUGCACCCUGGUCUCCUGGGUCCUAGUCCAACACUCUAACCACUAUGCCACGCUGUCUCUCAACAACAAGGGUCCCUCCUCCCGGCACUGGCGGCUGAAUAUGCAGCCUAGGUGGGGGUGUCAAAAGAUCCCUCCUGAGGCCCUUCUGUGGCAAAGGUGUCGCUGGGCCCUUGGGACAUCUCCUUUCUUUCUUUUUCCCAAUUUUUUUUUUAUUAAUUUUCCAAAAAUUCAAAAACAAACAGACAUACAAACAUACAUACAUCCUGUUUCAAUCUUGGUAACAUUAUUAAGUGGCUUUCUCAAAUCCCCUUGAUUGAAUUUCAUUAUACAGUGGUACUUCGGGUUACAUAGGCUUCAGGUUACAGACUCCGCUAACCCAGAAAUAGUACCUCGGGUUAAGAACUUUGCUUCAGGAUGAGAACAGAAAUCGUGCUCCAGCAGCGUGGCAGCAGCAGGGGGCCCCAUUAGCUAAAGUGGUGCUUCAGGUUAAGAACAGUUUCAGGUUAAGUACGGACCUCUGGAACGAAUUAAGUACUUAACCUGAGAUACCACUAUAUAUCAUUUUAACAGUUUUCCAAAAUCAAUUUUCUCAAAAAACUCACUUGAUCACUUAACAUCUUUCGUUCUUUCUAAUUUAGCUUUAAACAUCUUAAAUCUUAUCCUUACAUAUUUCAAUCCUAAGCCUAUCUAAUAUUUGCAAGCUUUUCCAAUUAAGUUAUCUUGACAUAUUUAGCUAAAUAGUCUUUAAAUUUCUUCCAUUCUUCCUGGUACUCCUCCUUCUGGUCGCGGACUCUUCCAGUCAGGUCGGCCAGCUCCAGAAAAAUCCAUCAUCUUUAUCUGCCAUGUGACAUCUCCUUUCAACCACCAGUAAGGAACCCAGAUCAGCCUCAUCUGCAUUCCCAAGAGGGGUUUGGUUCAGAUCUGGGUCAGGGAAGCUUGGAUACUUGACUGGCACUUUCCUCGCUUCCUUCAGAUUCCGCUCACCUCCUGUUGGCAAGGAGGAUGGGAGAGACCCUGACCUCAUGGCUUUUCCUGCUUCCCUGUUGCACCUGUGGCUGCCUGCGGGGGGUCUGGUCCAUCAGGGCAAAAUGGGGCACUGCCAGCUUCAUACUUUCGACCAGGUGACCCUGGAGGGUCCCUUCCAACUCUAGGUAAAGGUAAAGGGACCCCUGACCAUUAGGUCCAGUCAUGUCCGACUCUGGGGUUGCGGUGCUCAUCUCGCUUUAUCGGCCGAGAGAGCCGGCGUACAGCUGUCAUGUGGCCAGCAUGACCAAGCUGCUUCUGGCGAACCAGAGCAGCGCACGGAAACGCUGUUUACCUUCCCGCCAGAGCGUUACCUACCUAUGUAUCUACUUGCACUUUGACGUGCUUUUGAACUGCUAGGUUGGCAGGAGCAGGGACCCAACAACAGGAGCUCUCCCCGUCGCGUGGAUUUGAACCGCUGACCUUCUGAUCGGCAAGCCCUAGGCUCUGUGGUUUAACCCACAGCGCCACCCGCGUCCCUCCCUUCCAACUCUACAAUUGUACAAAUCCACGAUCACUCUGUCUCAGUGUUCAUCUGCAAUCUAGAGACCUCUUGGGAGAUAGGGAGAUGGGGAAGAGGACACCGGCAGGCAGCAAAGCCACCCGUUGGGACUGGGCUGGGUGGAGCAGAAGACCAACCAGAAGAGACAGACCCUGUGCCAUCAGUUUUUGCUUUGUCCCCAUGAUUUGUUCACCAGUGGUGUAGGUUUAGGGGUGAGCAGAGAGCGACCCAAGUUUGCUGAUGAGACCAAAUUGUUUCGGGUAGCAAAUGCAAAGAAGAGAUUGUGGAGAGCUCUGAAAAGUUCUCUCCAAGCUGAGUGAGUGGAUUUUAAAAGGGCAAACGAGGUUCAGUGAAAGCAAGUGCAAAGCGAUGCACCUUUGGGCAAAGCGAUCUUUUAGAUCUUAUUCUAUAAACCUCCGCGAGAAUGAGACCUUGGGGUCACAGUAGAUCGCUUGAGGAAGGCGGUGAUCCGGUGUGCGGCAGCCAUAAAAAUAAAAGGCAAACUCCCUGCUAGGUAUCCUCUGGAAAGGAAUUGAAAAUGAAACUUCCAGUAAUGUAAGGCUGUUAUACAAAUCUACGGUGUGACCAGAUUUGCAAUAUUGUGUAUGAUUCUAGCCACCUCACCUCCAAAUCGAUAUUGCAGGUUGGAAAAGUUUCAGAAAGGGGACACCCGAAUGAUCGAGGGGAUGGAGCGAAUCCCCUAUGCCAGUGGCUUUCAACCAGUGUGCUGUGGCACCCUGGGGUGCCUCGAAUGAUGGUCAGGGGAGCUGCAGGCAACACUGGCCUCUGUUCCUCUUUCCUUCCCUCUCUCCUUGGAUGCCCUCUGGCGUCUCUGCCUCCCAAAGGCUUGCCCAGCUGUUUAAUGCAGCAGCCCUGGCUACAAGCUCUGCGGGCGAAUGAUGCCUCUGGGAUGAUAAUAAUAAUAAUAAUAAUAAAUUUAUUUGUACCCCAGCCAUCUGGCUGGGUUUCCCCAGCCACUCUGGGUGGCUUCCAACAAAGAUUAAAAAUACAGUGAUACCUCGGGUUAAGUACUUAAUUCGUUCCGGAGGUCCCUUCUUAACCUGAAACUGUUCUUAACCUGAAGCACCACUUUAGCUAAUGGGGCCUCCUGCUGCUGCCACACCGCUGGAGCACGAUUUCUGUUCUCAUCCUGAAGCAAAGUUCUUAACCUGAUGCACUAUUUCUGGAUUAGCGGAGUCUGUAACCUGAAGCGUAUGUAACCCGAGGUACCACUAUACAUUAAAAUGUCACACAUUACAAACUUCCCUGAACAGGGCUGCCUUAAGAUGUCUUCUAAAUGUCAGGUAGUUGUUUAUCUCUUUGACAUCUGUUGGGAGAGCAUUCCACAGGGCAGGUGCCACUACUGAGAAGGCCCUCUGCCUGGUUCCCUGUAACUUGGCUUCUCGCAGUGAGGGAGCCACCAGAAGGCCCUCGGAGCUGGAGCGCUGGACCUCAGUGUCCGGGCUGAACGAUGGGGGUGGAGACGCUCCUUCAGGUAUACAGGACCGAGGCCGUUUAGGGCUUUAAAGGUCAGCACCAACACUUUGAAUUGUGCUUGGAAACGUACUGGGAGCCAAUGUAGGUCAGUGUAGACAGUAUUGCGCUAGAUGGACCAAAGGUCUAAUUCAGUAUAAAGCAACUUCUUGUGGCUUUAAAAGAAGGUAAGACAAAUUCAUGGAGGAGAGAGCUAUCAAGGGCUACUAGCCAUGUUGGUCUCCACAGUCAGUGGCUUCUGAAAGCCAGUUGUUGCAAACCACAGGAGGGGAGAGGCCUCUUGUGUUCGAAUCCUGCACAACAGGUUUCCCACUGGGUGCCCACUGUGAGAACAGGAUGCUGAGCUUUGGUCUGAUCCAGCAACCUCUUCUGAUGCUCUUUUUUUUUUUAAAAAAAAUUAUUACUAACAUAUAAAACACAUACAUAUACAUUUACACAAUACACGUACACAACACACUACCUUAUUUUCAUAACAUAAAACAUACCUCCAUUAUAUAAUGCCUACCUAUACUGUACAUUUCAACAUACAGUGGUACAUCAGGUUACAUACGCUUCAGGUUACAUACACUUCAGGUUACAGACUCCACUAACCCAGAAAUAGUGCUUCAGGUUAAGAACUUUGCUUCAGGAUGAGAACAGAAAUCGGGCUCCGGCGGCACAGUGGCAGCAGAAGGCCCCAUUAGCUAAAGUGGUGCCUCAGGUUAAGAACAGUUUCAGGUUAAGUACGGACCUCCAGAACGAAUUAAGUACUUAACCUGAGGUACCACUGUACCUACACUCCUACCCCACAUGGACACCCACCAAAUGACUUGACUUCCAGCCGUUCUUGUUACGCUACUUUAUUUUUCCAACUGGCUUAAACGCAUUUCAUUAUUUCUUUAAUCUCUUCUUCUAUCUUGACUUUACUCUCCUUUCACUCUAAUCAUUUUCUGGAUUAACUCAAAAUCUGUCAGAAAUUCUACUUUUUCCACAUAAAUUUUGAUGUCUUCCUUAAAGAUAGCCCACUCCUUAUUCACUUUUUGUACCACAUCUCCUCUUAUCCUCCCUGUUAGUUCGGCAAUAUGGAAGUAUUCCAUCAUUUUAGAUAAACAGUCUGUUUUUGUUGGGAUGCUGCUGCUUUUCCAAUUUUUGGCAAUCAAUAACCUUGCCGGCGUAGUUGCAUACAUAAAUAUUGGUCUGACUGUUCUUUUUAUUUCCUCUGACAUGAUACCUACGAGAAAGGAUUCUGGGUUUUUCCCCCCAAAUGAAAAUCUAAACAUCUUUUUCAGUUCGUUAUAGAUAUUUUCCCAGAAUCCCACUAUCAGUAUCUUAUGAUGUUCUUAUGUAAGCGUGAGCCAUGGAAAAGUGGUGUCCUGCCAGUCAGGACUAUUUGCACUGGCUCAAAGCAAACAGGAGGGUCUCUAACCUUUGGCCGGGGCCUCCGCUCAUCCUACCAGGAUGACUUCUGGCUACACACCUCCUUCCUGGCCUCUCCUGGCGGACCUUGCUUUGGCAAGAGAGGGAUCCGUCCCCAAGGGAGGAAAGGUUGCCCUCCUGUGUGGGCACUGCCUGAGGCCAUUACAUCAGCCGGCGCUGGGAGAAGCAGCCAGGGGACCCUUUCCAAACUCUGAUAGGGAAGGUAAAGCCACCGCUUAUGAUGCAAGGCUCUGACGCACGCCCCGAGGUCAGGGGCGUCCCUUGGCCGUUCAAGGCCUUUCUGCUAACACCUCCCUGGGACAGGGUGGACAGGACGAAUCGCUGCAUUCCCAGGGGUUGGACCUGAUGACUUCUUGGGUCCUGUUGUAAACAUUAUCUGCCCUUCUUCCCUUAUGGGGUAUCCAAGAGCCCAUAUAGAGUCCUUAAGUGGGUUCCCUAUCGGUGGGAUAAAAUAGAGGCCAGCCAGAGAAUAUUGAGAAGCAAAGCAGCUAGUAAGCCUGAUCUUUAUUAAAGCUGUUGCAACAGGGUGCUCCCCUCACACGCAGGACAACGGAGGAGGACCCAGAACAAAGGUGUGUUAGCCCUUAUAUAGACAUUUUAAAUUCCCUGCCCUGGAACUCAAGACCAUCCCUCCAUACAUCAUACAUACAUCACAGAAGGGGUGUAACCCAAGACCACCCCCCACAAACAUCAUACCUACAUCACAGAAAAGGCGGUCUACAACAGAAAUUUGAAUGUUGCUGUUUUUCCUGUCUGCCAGGUUAUCUGAUAAUGCCUUAUCUGAUUGCCUUUCCUGGUAGUCUGGCCAUUCCUUUGAGAUGGUGAUUUCCCAAUUCCUGAGACAAUGGGAAGGUUCCCUCACCCCCUCCCUCCUUGCAGAGAAAACAUUUGGCCAGUUUGGGAGUCAAAAUGGUUUCAGGGUGGUCUUGUGCUGCUCCAAACAUGUGGUCCACAUAGCUAUCAUAGCUGUCAACGUUUCCCUAUUUUUAAGGGGAAUUCCCUUAUUCCGAAUAGGAUUCCUCGCAAGAAAAGGGAAAAGUUGACAGCUAGGAUAUCUAUGCACGUGCUUGGUUGGUACAUUUAUGAACAUUUAUUAUAUAUAUAUAAGACCUAUUUUUUUUUAUUGCACUUCUUUCCAAUGCUAUGAUUCUACGAUUCUUCACUACUAGCAUUUUGUGGCUGGCCACGGGGCCUUAAUGGCAGGCUUUGUGCCUUGGACGUGGCUGCGUCUCCCCAGUUAAGGAGCUGGCAAGCAGCCUCUGGCAGGCACUGACUCCUUCCCUACAAAGCGGUCAGCUCUCUCCCUCCGUCCCUUGCUCAUUCAAGGAAUCUGCUUGGAGUCUUCCAACUAGGCCACGUUGCAUUUAAUGUAGAACUUGGAAGCUCCUUUGGAAGAAUGUGAGUGUGAGAUCUGCUUAGGCGUUUUGUUAGCAAGGAGGAUUAGUUUCUAGACCUCAUGGUACAGGUGGGAAGCCCUCCCCCAAAGGCAGGGUUGGUUUCAGCUUGUGAAGGGGUGGGGUGGGAAUUUAAGCAGUUAGGUAAAGGGACCCCUGACCGUUAGGUCCAGUCGCGGACAACUCUGGGGUUGCGGCGCUCAUCUCACUUUACUGGCCUAGGGAGCCGGCAUACAGCUUCCGGGUCAUGUGGCCAGCAUGACUAAGCCACUUCUGGUGAACCAGAGCAGUGCACGGAAAUGCCGUUUACCUUCCUGCUGGAGCGGUACCUAUUUAUCUACUUGCACUUGACGUGCUUUCGAACUGCUAGAUGGGCAGGAACUGGGACCGAGCAACGGGAGCUCACCCCAUCGCGGGGAUUCGAACCACCGACCUUCUGAUUGGCAAGCCCUAGGCUCUGUGGUUUAGACCACAGGGCCACCCAUGUCCCACAGCAGUUAAAGGUAAAGGGACCCCUGACCAUUAGGUCCAGUCAUGACCAACUCUGGGGUUGCGGCGCUCAUCUCGCUUUAUUGGCCAAGGGAGCCGGCGUACAGCUUCCAGGUCAUGUGGCCAGCAUGUCUAAGCCACUUCUGGCGAACCAGAGCAGCACAUGGAAAUGCCGUUUACCGUCCUGCCGGAGCGGUAUCUAUUUAUCUACUUGCCAUUUGACAUGCUUUCGAACUGCUAGGUUGGCAGGAGCUGGGACUGAGCAACAGGAGCUCACCCCGUCGCGGGGAUUCGAACUGCCAACCUUCUGAUUGGUAAGCCCUAGGCUCUGUGGCUUAGACCACAGCGCCACCUGCGUCCCACAGCAGUUAGGGAUGCUCAAAAAAGACUUCAGGGAACACAUUGCUGAAAACAUUAAGACCACCGACCAGAAGCUCUUCAAAUAUAUUAUCAGCAGGAAACCACCUAGAGAGGCAGUUGGAUGACAAGGGAGUCAAACGAGGAUAAGGAAAUUGCAGAGACGCUGAAUGAGUUACUUGCAUCAGUCUUCAUAAUGCAGGAUGUUGGACACACCCCAGGGCCUGAACUAACUUUUGCAGAAGGUGAGUCCUGGAAAGACAGAUAUUAGUGAGGAGAGGCCAAGUUCUAGGCCUAGUAGUCAUUAAGUGUUCUUCUGCUUGAAUCCUGCAAGCUGGUUUCCCACAGGUUGGCCACUGUGAUGCUGGAAUAGAUGGGCUUUGGCUUGAUCCAGCAGGCUGUUCUUCUCUUCAAGGAACCCAGGAGGUAGUUGGCAGGACCGGAAACCUACAGCAGGGUGGUGUGGGAAGGGGUGAUCUUACCAAGAGGGAUGCUGAGGAGUGGAUGGACUUUUCCCUUUCAAGAAAAUGACCUUUGCCACCCUGGGAAUAUCGAUCCAGCCAGCUGCAGCAACCCCGCCCCCAAACAAGCCACAGGCACUUCCAGAUGCUGUGAUUAUUGGGCACUCAUCCUGAUUAAGGACACCUCUUCCCAUAUGAACCUACCCGGUCCCCCUGAGAUCAUCUUCUGAAACUCUCCUUUCUGUGCCUCCUCAAGAGGUCCGGAGGGUGGCAACACGAGAACGGGGCCUUCUCUGCAGUAGCUCCCCGCCUGUGUAAUGCUCUCCCCAGGAAAGUUUGCCUGGCACCUUCAUGAUACACCUUUAGGCACCAGGCAAAAACAUUCCUUUUUAACCAGGACUUUGGUUGAUUUGACUGACAUUCUAUGCCCUUUUAAAAUGUUUUUUUUGGGGGGGGUCUGUGUGUGUGUUAUUGGGUUGCUGUUUUUAUUUUUAUUAUGCAUUUUGUGGCUUUAUAUUUUGAUUUUGUUCUCUGAACCGCCCUGAGACCCCCAGGUAUAGGGCAGUAUAUAAAUUCAAUUAAUAAUAAUAAUAAUAAUAAUAAUAAUAAUUGUUAUGUACUGAAGUUCUCACCCUGGGCCAGCAUGGGGAUACAGUAGAUAGUUUUCACUCAGGUCCACAUAUGCAAAUAAGGGAUUGAAAGUGACGUUUAGUGAUUGGAUAGUUACAGAAAGUGGUUACAGUUGCGUUGUACUGGAGCUCUACAUAAGCAGGCUGGCUGAACCCUUCUGUUCUGUUCUGUUCUGGCCUGUGAAUAAACAAGAGCUGUUUGAAGAAUCGCUGUGUCGUCUGAUAUGUUCACCCACAACUUAACACUGGUGACGAAGAUGGGAUCGAUGGACAUCAGAGCACAGCCAGAUGCAGCCACCCUCUGAGCUGAACUGAAUCACUGAGCUGAAACACCAAGCGAAAUAAUAAUAAUAAUAAUAAUAAGAAGAAGAAGAAGAAGAAGAAGAAGAGGAGGAGCAUAUGCUGGAUCAGGCCAGCAUCCUGCUCUCAUGGUGACCAGCCAGUUCCCAUUGUGGGAAACUCACACACCUGAUCCAACAGAGGCUCGUCUUCUGCUCUUGGUACUCUAAGUUACCAGCUCCAAGAGGGAGUUUGCCACUUGGAUUGCAAGCGCUGGGCAAGUUUGCGGCUCCUCCUGGCCAGCCCGUGCAGGGUGUGUGACUCUGCCCUGGUGGUCCUGGAGAUUCACCUGGCAGAGUGAAAAGAUAACUGCUGCUUCGCCCAUCCCUGUGGGCCUCUUCCUGAACUCAAGAGCCUCUGAUGUAUGUUGUCUACUCCUUCCGCGCAGUGGGGAGACCCCCGGGGGAAAAAAGAGAAGCAUUUUGCCUAGGUGCCUUUGGAAGCAACAGUUGGGCAAUUGCAGAGCCCCAGUAAUGAUUCUCAGUAUCAUAAAACAUAAUUAGAAAAUUAUGGGAUGCCUGGGAUGCCUGUGGCAGCGCCCUCUGUGAUCCUCACUCAGUGUCAGGGAAUGUGGGUGGGAGAGAGGAGCCCACCUUUUCUGGAAGGCUGUGCGUGUAUAAGGGCUAGCGGAUGUAUUAAAAACUCCUUUGCUGGUCUGGGUCUCGAGAUCUCACAUUGAGGAAUCUUUCGGUGAAUGUUAGGUUCAAGUGGGAUGUGUGUGUGUGUGCGUGUGUUAAACAGGGAAGGCUGAGUUUCAUAGCUCAUAAAUCCCUGUAAUGGGAAACUUGUUGACACAGCCUGCCCAGGAGCCCUGCUAAUGUUAGACAGCUACGCUUGGUGCCCUCCAGUCCAGCUCCCUCCCUCUCUGUGUAUCAACGAUGCUGUGAGGCUCAUCGCUCCGAGCCACCCAGGACCAGUAGCCACAAGUCAGGCCUGGGUGUGGAAUAAGGUAAAGGGACCCCUGACCAUUAGGUCCAGUCGUGGCCGACUCUGGGGUUGCGGCGCUCAUCUCGCUUUACUGGCCGAGGGAGCUGGUGUACAGCUUCCGGGUCAUGUGGCCAGCGUGACUAAGACGCUUCUGGCGAACCAGAGCAGUGCACAGAAACGCCGUUUACCUUCCCCCCGGAGCAGUACCUAUUUAUCUACUUGAGCUUUGACGUGCUUUUGAACUGCUAGGUUGGCAGGAGCAGGGACCGAGCAACGGGAGCUCACCCCGUCGCCAGGAUUUGAACCGCAGACCUUCUGAUCGGCAAGUCCUAGGCUCUGUGGUUUAACCCACAGCGCCACCCGCGUCCCUGGGUGUGCAGCAGGUGCAGUGAAAAAAAUGGAAACCUGAAGAAAUUGGAUGCAUGGAGGUCUUCCAGGAAGAUUGGGCCAUCUAGUCCAACCCCCUGAUCUACAAUUCGCACUCAGAACUCAGGGCUCUCCGUAGCCAAAUGACCUCCAAGUGUGACUCGGAGUAACUGAAAGAUGGUUGGGCUUUCUCAAUCUCAAAAGGACUCUGCACCAGUGAAGGCAGAGAGUGGAGUGUGUGUACCUUUCGAAAGAGGGUUUGGGUAGAAAACCUUCCAUGACAUUGCAUCACAGUUUCGUAGGUCCUUUCCAGACAAAGCACAGCCGAUUAGAUGGGACACCCAAAUUGCUGGCAAGUCAGGGGGCAGAUUGUGGCUCUUGGGAACCUCAUGACACGGCCUCUCCUUUUCAGGAUCUUUGUGAACCGGAGUCUGGCGCUGGAAAAGAUCAAAUGUUUCGGCUUUGACAUGGACUACACUCUGGCAAGUAAGUAAGAGGCCGCCAGAAAACAAGCUUGCUCCAUCUUCCAUGUGACACAAAGGAGACGGGGAACAGACCCCUGUGCAUUUUAAGCUGAGGAACCAGGUGGUAAAAGUUGUGCCUCAUGAUGGCUAAAAACUCUUGUUUUUAUACUUUAUCUUAAUGCUUCCUUUUUGAAUCACUUUGAGCUAUUUUUGUGAAAAAGCAACUAAUAAAGGGGGGAUAUACCGAGUCCUUGGGGGGUGUUGGGCUGUCAAAGCCACCCCCCCAUUUUUUUUUCUUAUAUCAAAUACUAAUACUAAAUGGUUCCUCCUGUUCAGGGGCAGUCUACCUCUGAGUAUACAAGCAACAGGGGAAACUUAGCCCGGCUUGGGUGCUCCCAAGGGUACCUGGUUGCAGUUCUUGUCCACAUUGCAUAAAUACUUCAUUUUGAUUGCUUUCUAAAAUUUGCUUGUUUGUUUAUUUAUUAUUUCAUAAAAGUUUUGCACCGCUUGACUGUAGAAAAAUCGAAACGAUUUUCAAAGAAGCCCCCAAACAAACAAAACACACACACACACACGCAACACCACAACACUAAGAAAAUUAACAAUAAUUUAAGACAUUGUUAAAAUAGCAAUAAUAACAAUUGUUUAGGCUUGUUCAUAAUUCCAUGACACAGAAUAAAAGUAGAAUCCAGUUGCUACUCCAAUGACUCUAGAAUAUCCAAAGCAAGAUGAUGAAAAAGAAUUAGAGGAUAUUGACAAAUACAGAAGUGCAAAUGGAAGUUUGCUUUAUUUAGCAAACAUACCCAGGCCUGACAUAUCAAAUGCAACUAACAUACUCAGCAGAAAAACGUCCAAGCUUAUAACGAAUGGUUCCUUUAAAGUAUCCUAAAACACGUUUCAUUGCAUUCCAAUCUUGCUGUAUUGGCUUGGACAAAGAUAAACCCAGGAAACGCCUCCUCCAAAGAGCCGGAUUUAGGUUGGAUGAGGCCCUCAGCUACUGAAGGUAAUGGGGCCCUUUAUAUGUCCAGCUGUCCUUUGUCAAGAACAAAUUGUCGCUGUUUUUUGUAUUGAAUAUAUAUGCUAUAUGGUAAUUUAUGGACCUAAUAGGUAUCUAAAGCCAUUUGCACAUAAAAUAUGUAUUUUAUCAAAGUAAUUGUUGAACUGAAAUACAAUCAAGAAGAAGUAUAUUAAUAGUGAAAUACACACUGUUGCUGUAUGUAGGUUUUAUUUUAUUUGUUUUUUAUCUUAUAUUUUGGAAAUGUACAUCCAGGGGUUUUUUUCCUUUAAUUUUUUUUUUGGGGGGCCCCAAGAGCGUGGGGCCCUAAGCUAUAGUUUGUUUAGCUUAUCUGUAAAUCCUGCACUGCUCCCCUUUUGCCUCUGCAGUGUACAAAUCUCCGGACUAUGAGGAGCUGGCUUUUGAGCUGCUGCUGGAGCGCUUGGUGUCCAUUGGCUACCCCCACGAGAUCCUGGAGUAUAGAUACGACCCCACUUUCCCCACCAGGUAAGGGAGCAGCGAUGCCUUGGCAGCCCAGAGGUGGCCAGGGGGAAAGGACCCACCCUCCUCACCCGCCCUCUCCUCUUCCUCAGGGGCCUCGUAUUUGACGCCAUGUACGGGAAUUUGCUGAAGGUGGACUCCCACGGGAACCUACUGGUCUGUGCUCACGGCUUCCGCUUCCUCAAAGGGUAGGUGACGUCCUCCAACACAAGCAGAACCACAUAACACCAGGGACCACAUAACACCUGUCCUGAGAGACCUGCAUUGGCUCCCAGUACAUUUCCAAGCACAAUUCAAAGUGUUGGUGCUGACCUUUAAAGCCCUAGAUGGCCUUGGCCCAGUAUACCCGAAGGAGCAUCUCCACCCCCAUCGUUCUGCCCGGACACUGAGGUCCAGCGCCGAGGGCCUUCUGGCGGUUCCCUCAUUGUGAGAAGUGAGGUUAUAGGGAACCAGGCAGGGGGCCUUCUCGGUAGUGGCACCCGCCCUGUGAAACACCCUCCCUUCAGAUGUGAAGGAAAUAAGCAGCUAUCUUAUAUUUAAAAGACAUCUGAAGGCAGCCCUGUUUAGGGAUGUUUUUAAUAUUUAAUGCUGUCUUGUUUUUAACACUCGAUUGGGAGCCGCCCAGAGUGGCUGGGGAAACUCAGCCAGAUGGGCGGGGUAUAAAUAAUAAAUUAUUAUUAUUAUAUUUACUCUCUCCAGUCCCCACCAGCUGUGGGCUUCUGUUGCUCCCCCAAGAAAAGCAGUCAGCCCUGGGAAGCCCCAAGGAGAAGGUCCUCUUACGUCUCCUGGGAUGUGGGGGGGACGGGACUUUCCUUCCUCGGAGGUUUUUAAGAAGACCAUCUGCAGGGAUUCUUUAGCUGUGAUUCCUGCAUUGCAGGGGGUUGGACUGGAUGACCUUUGUGGGUCCCUUCUGAUUCUGUGAUUCCAAAACAUAAAAAUAAAAAGGUCCAUUUCCAAAAAUGUUCCAUUUCCAAAAAUGUAAACUUCUUUCCUGCAUCUUUUACCGUUACCUAUCUAUCUAUCUAUCUAUCGAUCUAUAUAUAAUGUUUAUUUUUUAUUUUUUUUAUUUUUUACCAACAACCAAACCACAAACAGUGAACCCCCCCAGGCGGCUGAUACAUUGGGUAUACAUAAUCAAUAAUAACAUAUUCAAAUCAACCAUAUGUACAAUUUUAUAUACGUUAACACUCCUCCAUCCACAAGGUUUAUUUAACUUUUAACAUUUUAAUUGCCCCAAAUUGUUCAAACCUACCCAAAUAAUUCAAUAUCUUCUCAAACCAAUCCUCCACUUUCUCACUGACCUGAAACCCUUUCAUUCUGUGUAUCUUCACAGUUAGAUAUUCUAAAAUUAUAAUAUUAUUUAGUUUUUUCCUCCAUUGGUUCACCCCUAACUUCUGCAUUUUUCCAAUUACUCGCUAUAACCUGUCUGGCUGCAGUUACCAUCAGUUUUACCCAUUUACAUUCCUCUUUUGUUUUUAACUCGGUGCUUCUCAGACUAAUAAGAACCAUUAAAAUUGUGGGUAGGAAGGUGGGAAUAUCUAAAUUAAUGGUUCUUAUCAAUCUAUUAUAUCAUAUUAACCAAAGUUCAUUUCGCUUUACAGGUGUCAAUUGUUUACAGUGGUCUUUUAAGUAUAUUACAAAUUUCUUCCAGUCUUUUAAGAAAUACUUGGUCUUCCUUUCAGUAGAGAAUUUCAUAUCUGUCUUCCAAAGCCUUUCCCAACCUGUCAUUAAUAUAUUAUGUCCCACGUCUUUCGCCCAUUUUAUCGUGACGCAUUUGACCUGCUCCUCUUUCGUGUCCCACUCCAAGAGCAGAUUGUACAUGUCUUUAACCUUCCCUCUGUGGGUUUUCCUACAGUAAGGUCACCAGAUUUUUUCCAAUGAAUCCUGGGACACUUUAAUUUACCGUAUUUUUUGCUCUAUAAGACUCACUUUUUCCCUCCUAAAAAGUAAGGGGAAAUGUGUGUGCGUCUUAUGGAGCAAAUGCAGGCUGCGCAGCUAUCCCAGAAGCCAGAACAGCAAGAGGGAUUGCUGCUUUCACUGUGCAGUGAUCCCUCUUGCUGUUCUGGCUUCUGAGAUUCAGAAUAUUUUUUUUCUUGUUUUCCUCCUCCAAAAACUAGGUGCGCCUUGUGGUCUGGUGCGUCUUAUAGAGCGAAAAAUACGGUAAUUAAUUAAUUAAUUAAUUACUACACGUUUGGGACGUUGAUGCUGCAGCGAUGGCGGUGGCCUCUGCCUUGACCUCAACCGCCAUGUUUCCCCUUCCUCUGAGGCUUCUAUCUCCUUUCUCCAUGAGCCUGGGCAGCCCCUGAGUUGUUGGAUCUUUGGUGUUGGUGGGGAAGUGGUGCGCAGUGGGUCAGGCAGGGAAGGCGGAGAAGGAGGGCUGAGAGCGGAUGCCUCCCUUCCCAUCGGAGCAGCCCUAAUCCCAUCCCUACUUGUGUGCAAGCAGAAGGGGCAGGGAUCCCUCAGCUGGGAAGGGAGGCUUCACACUGCCUUUCGGAGCAGCCCCAUCCCAACUCCUACUUGCAUGCAACUCCUACUUGCGUGCAAGCAGGAGGGGGAAGGGAUCUCCCUUCCCAUUGGAGCAGCCCCAAUCCCAUUCUUACUUGCGUGCAAGCAGGAGGGGGAAGGGAUCUCCCUUCCCAUUGGAGCAGCCCUAAUCCCAUCCCUACUUGUGUGCAAGCAGAAGGGGGAAGGGAUCUCCCUUCCCAUUGGAGCAGCCCCAAUCCCAUUCUUACUUGCGUGCAAGCAGGAGGGGGAAGGGAUCUCCCUUCCCAUUGGAGCAGCCCCAAUCCCAUUCUUACUUGCGUGCAAGCAGGAGGGGGAAGGGAUCUCCCUUCCCAUUGGAGCAGCCCUAAUCCCAUCCCUACUUGUGUGCAAGCAGAAGGGGGAAGGGAUCUCCCUUCCCAUUGGAGCAGCCCCAAUCCCAUUCUUACUUGCAUGCAAGCAGGAGGGGGAAGGGAUCUCCCUUCCCAUUGGAGCAGCCCCAAUCCCAUUCUUACUUGCGUGCAAGCAGGAGGGGGCAGGGAUCUCCCUUCCCAUUGGAGCAGCCCCAAUCCCAUUCUUACUUGCAUGCAAGCAGGAGGGGGAAGGGAUCUCCCUUCCCAUUGGAGCAGCUCCAAUCCCAUUCUUACUUGUGUGCAAGCAGGAGGGGGAAGGGAUCCCUUAUCUGGGAAGGGAGGCUUCCUGUUGCCUAACUGAGAGAUCCCUGCAUCUUAGAGCCCCUGUACCAUCAUCACAUGGGGACUUCCGAGCAGCUCCUAAAGCCAGCCAGAGCCAACUGCUCUGGGCUGCUGAGACUGCCGCUGCUGCGUUUCCCGGGGACAUUAGAUGAAAUCCGGGGACGGAAUUUGUCCGGGGACUUAUUCACAAAUCUGGGGACUGUCCCCGGGAAACAGGGACGUCUGGUAACCCUAUCCUACAGGGCCAGAGCUGGCAGUCACCUUCUCAGGUGGGAGCAGCUGGUCUGACCUUGGUGGUGGCUUCAUCCUGCCCCUUGGAAAGCUGUUUCACCUCCCCCUCUCUCCCCCCCCCAGCACAUUCCUGCCUUGCAUUGUUCUGAUAUCUGGGAUGGUUCUUUGCCCUCUAGUGCACACAGGGCCAGUUGGGAAGGAGAAGGGACCCACGGCAAGGUCACUCCCUGCCCUCAUGUCUCCCCAGAACUUCCCAAGCUCUGGGCAUCCAAAUCACCAGCCUGGCAUUUGCUUGCUCUGAACCAAGAACCCUUUGAGGUGUGUCCAAAGGGACCAUGCUCUCACAGUGGCCAGCCAGGGAGUCGGAAUUCUGCAAGCAGGAUUCGAACGCAGGAGCAACUCUCCCCGCUCCUGUGUUGCUGGUAUUCAGGAGGAGGCAGAACACAGCUCUGGUGGCCGCCAGUAGCCCUCUCUGCCAUGAAUUUGCCCAGUCCAGGAGGCAGGAUUGCUGCCUUUUCAGGAUCAAGGCCCCAUACCUCCCCUCUCCUUGGGUUGGCCAGUUCAGAUAAUUGGCGUCGCUUUGCCUUUAAGUUUGCCCCCUUCCCUGCUAAUUUCAAGGUCUCUGCCAUUCUGAGAGCAGAACCAGCGCCCUCUUUGCCCUCCCUGCCAGCAAGAUGCCCCUGCUCUCCUUUUCCCCACAGAGAUGCCCCCCCCCUCUGUUUUUGUCCCUGGAACAGGCUGAGAAUAGCUUUUGCAGGCGGUCCAGCCUGCAGGAGGGGGAGGCUGCAGUUGGGGGGGGGGGAUAGUUCCCAGCUGCUGUCAUGAUGCUAAAUCCUGCCCCGAUGACUUUCCCUUUCCUAUAGCGCGGAUACUUCUGCUUCCCUAAGUGCCAGGCUUAUUGUCCCCGGAUCGCACCAGCUCUGGCGUCCCUCCUGAUGCCACGGGGCACAGAUCCCUCUUGCCUUAAACUAGGACAGGGUUGGGCAGCUGGGGGUGCAAGGAAUUGGCAGAGAAAUGGGGAAGCCCCAAAUUAGACGUUGGUCUGAAUGCAGUUGGGGAAAGCUGGGCUGCAAGGAGGUCCAGCUGAUCACUGGGAAACAGGAAGAGACAGCGUGGUGCAGUGGUUAAAAUGUCGGAUUGUGACCUGGGGGACCGGGGUUCAGUUCCCCACUCAGUCACGAAGUUCGCUGGGCAUGACCUUGGGGGUCAGUCCCUGCCCCUCGGUGCUACGGGGAAAAAGGUGGGAUGGAAAUAAAUAAACUUAGAAAGGCGAUGGCAGCCAAAAUGGAGGGCUUUCUGCUGCCCACCCCCGCCAUCCAAGAGGGGGGCCUGGUAUGGACAGAGUGGCCAGGAAGACUUCCCCCUCAUUCUCUUCUAAAAGCAGAACAGGGUUUCCGUGGGUCCAGAGCCAGCUUGUCACUCACCUGGCAUCAGGUGACAUCAGGUGCAGGGCAGGUAAGGCACAGCUGCCAGGGAACCAUCUGGCCACACAAGGCUCCCCCCCCCCGUCCCCAUCACGGCUUUCAGCAAGGAGCAGAAUGUCCACCUGAUGCCAAGUGGUUGACAAGUGACCCAUAGGUCAGUGAUUAACCGGAACCCUAAGCUACAUCACUGCCAAAUGACGGACAGGCUAUUCAGGAGGUUCGCACAACACAUAAUUUAAUUUUCUGUCGCGGGGUUUAGAAAAAUUCAUGGAGGAGAAUGUUAUUAUGUUACGUUAUUAUCUGUGAUUAUAUAUGAUGAUAAGGGACGCGGGUGGCACUGUGGGUUAAACCACAGAGCCUAGGACUUGCCGAUCAGAAGGUCGGCGGUUUGAAUCCCCGCGAUGGGGUGAGCUCCCAUUGCUCAGUCCCUGCUCCUGCCAACCUAGCAGUUUGAAAGCACGUCAAAGUGCAAGUAGAUAAAUAGGUACCACUCUGGUGGGAAGGUAAAUGGCGUUUCCGUGCGCUGCUCUGGUUUGCCAGAAGCGGCUUAGUCAUGCUGGCCACAUGACCCGGAAGCUGUACGCCGGCUCCCUCGGCCAAUAAAGCGAGAUGAGCGCCGCAACCCCAGAGUCGGCCACGACUGGACCUAAUGGUCAGGGGUCCCUUUACCUUUUAUAUUUGAUGAUAUUAUUCUCUUCCAUGAAUUAAUCUAAACCCCGUGGUGGAAAAUUAAAUUACAUGCUGCCUGAAUCCCCUGAGUAGCCUGUCCAUCAGUUUGGAGGGGUCAGGGAUGAACUUCAAAUUUUAUUUUAUAUACUGCCCCAUCCCAAAGGAGCCCAGAACAGCAAGACAGUCACAAUGGACACUCUCUCUGUGUAAUCUCUCUUGCUGGGGAGAGUCUGCCUUUGUUCCCCCACCCAGUUUGAGGGUUUCUCAUCAAGGCAACUUGUGGGAUGCUGGAUUUACUGGGUCCCUUCUGGCCCAAUCCAGCAGCCAGCCAGGGGGCAGCGGUGAGCAAUGGGGCCCCGAUUCACCGCUCCCUUUGUGCACAGCCUUACUCUCAAAACCUCUGAACGGAGGGGGAGGUUUGGGGUUCCCAGUCUGCCAGUUCCUUCCAGCCCCCCUCACCUGCUUCCCCAUUAUACACACCCCCACCUCAUGCCUGUGUGCUGUCCCCUCCCCCUUCCUGCUUUUAGGGCUGAGAUCUGGAAUUAUUACCCCAACAAGUUCAUCCAGAGGGAUGACAUGAAGAGGUUCCACAUCCUGAACACGUUAUUCAACCUGACAGGUGAGUGCAGAUGGGGGAGACAGCGGUUGAUGGCUCCUUGCCACGAUAUCUCUGAUCUUCCUCCACAGUUAGAGACAGAAAUGCUGGAAGUUUCUGGAAGCCACAGGAGGGGAGAGUUGCUCUUGUGCUUGCAUUCUGUUUGCUGGUUUCCCAGAAGAGGCAUCUGGUUAGCCGCUGGGGGUAGAAGAAGGUGCCACCAUGGGACUGAAACUGCCAUGGUCGUGCUGGUCAAGUGAUCUUCGGCAGCCUAGGGACAGAGGUGAAAGCUGUUUCCUGGUCCUGCUGGAUCUCUCAGCAGCCUUUGAUACCAUCGACCAUAACAUCCUUCUGGACCGUCUAGAGGAGCUGGGAGCUGGGGGCACUGUUAUACAGUGGUUUCGCUCCUUCCUCCUGGACCGUGUCCAGAAAGUGGUGAUGGAGGAUGAGUGUUCAGACCCCUGGGUUCUCACUUGUGGGCUGCCUCAGGAUUCCGUCCUCUCCCCCAUCCUUUUUAACAUCUACAUGAAGCUGCUGGGAGAGAUCAUCACGGGGUUUGAGCUGGGUGUUCAUCGGUACAGUGGUACCUCGGGUUAAGUACUUAAUUCGUUCUGGAGGUCCGUUCUUAACCUGAAACUGUUCUUAACCUGAAGCACCACUUUAGGUAAUGGGGCCUCGCGCCGCUGGAGCACAAUUUCUGUUCUCAUCCUGAAGCAAAGUUCUUAACCCGAGGUACUAUUUCUGGGUUAGCAGAGUCUGUAACCUGAAGCGUAUGUAACCUGAAGCGUAUGUAACCCGAGGUACCUCUGUAUGUGGAUGAUACCUAGCUCUACCCCUCCUUUAAAUCGGAACCAGUGAACAUCCUGUGUGAGUGUCUGGAGGCAGUGGGGGUGGAUGGCGGCUAACAAAUUGAGGUUGAAUCUGAACAGAAGUACAGUCGUACCUUGGGCUGAUGUAGCUUCAGGUUGAGCACUUUCAGGUUGCAUUCCACGGCCACCCGGAAGUAAUGGAACGGGUUACUUCUGGGUUUUGCUGCUCGUGCAUGCGCAGACGCUCAAAAUGACGUUACGUGCAUGCGUAGAAGCGGCAAAACGCAACCUGCGCAUGCGCAGAUGCAGCUUGCGUUCUGCUCAGGAUGCGAAUGGGGCUCCGGAAUGGAUCCUGUUUGCAUCCAGAGGUACCACUGUACUGUUUUGGGCGGAACAGGACAGGCAAGUAUGAGGGACUCCCUGGUCCUGAAUGGAGUAUCCGUGCCCAUAAAGGACCAGGUGUGCAGCCUAGGAGUAAUUUUGGACUCGCAGCUGCCCAUGGAGGCCUCUGGGUAGCUCUGGGAAGGGAUCCCUGCAACUGACCUCUUCCUUUGAGGUGCCCCACUGACCUCUCCCCCCUCUUUUCCUGCAGAGACCUACCUGUUUGCCUGCCUGGUAGAUUUUUUCACCAACUGCUCCAGAUACGUGAAGUGAGUGCCAUGGAUUGUUUUGCCUGGGCGGUCUGGGUCGAGGGGGCAUGAGGUGCAGAACAGUGCCGGGGGGAGGAAGGUGCCUGAAACGGUCCGGAAAUCCAAACAUCUGUUUGUGGUGUCUGUUCCUCUUUCCCCAGCUGUGACACAGGCUAUAAACACGGGAACCUCUUCAUGUCCUUCCGAAGCAUGUUCCAAGAUGUCCGAGACGCCAUGGACUAUGUCCACCUUUCAGUGAGCACCGCAGCGUGGGCAGUGAGGGGUGGGCAUGGAGAACGACAAGGGAGCAUCACCCACCUUUAGAAACCUUGCCCUCUGCCAACCUUCCCCAAUUUGGCGUCCGCCAGAUGUUUUAGACUUGGCUUCCACCAGCCCAAAUCCUCUCAAGAUCUCAUCAAAUCAAAUGCAAGAGGUGUUGAUUGAUGGCUGGUGCUUUUAUGUCAUGCUGCGAUCUGUGCUGGGGGGUCUGGGAAAGCCCUGAGGAGGCCCUGCUGGCUGCCCCUGAAGCCUUGCCAGAGUUGGAGGGACUCUGAUUACCUCUUUGUGUCUUCAUCUUCUAGGGCUCCCUCAAGGAGAAGACGCUGGAGAAUCUGGAGAAAUAUGUGGUCAAAGACGUGAGUGUUGCCCAGGCCUAGGUGCAGAAUUGCUGUCAGACAGGAAGUUUCUUUGGGGUUGGCCCCUUUGGCCCUUGACAGGCAGGCCUCUCCACCUUGAGCUCACCUUGCCUCCCUUCCACCAAGCCUGCUGAGGCAGGUGCCAGAGGGCCAGGAAGUGCGAGGCAGCUUCCGGCUCAGCAGCUGCAGCUGUCGGUGCAAUUCCAUUUUUCAAAUUUCCUGUGCUCGGUAGUACUUCAACAGCUGUUGACAAAGAAUCUGGGGAGCACAGAUCCUUCCCCAAGGUCAUUUCGCCCAGAGGAACCAGGGGGCUGAGAGACAAGUCCAGAAGUCCCUAAUUUGAAUCUCGUCUCUGUCCUGCCUUCACUAAAAGGGGUGGGGCUUAGGCAAGCCCCUCCCACCCAGCCUCAACCUUCCUUUCUGCAAUAUGGGGUAAUCAUACUCAAAUGCUUGGCGUUGCAAGGACUGCAUCAAUCCAUUGAACGUAAAGCCGUUUGAUCACGCCAAUGCAAUUGGCAAAUCCGAAGUAUUAAAAGGUUGGGACACGGGUGGCACUGUGGGUUAAACCACUGAGCCUAGGGCUUGCCGAUCAGAAGGUCGGCAGUUUGAAUCCCCGCGACGGGGUGAGCUCCCGCUGCUCAGUCCCUGCUCCUGCCAACCUGACCGAAAGCAUGUCAAAGUGCAAGUAGAUAAAUAGGUACCACUCUGGUGGGAAGGCAAAUGGCGUUUCCGUGCGCUGCUCUGGUUUGCCAGAAGCGGCUUAGUCAUACUGGCCACAUGACCCGGAAGCUGUACGUCGGCUCCCUUGGCCAAUAAAGCGAGAUGAGCGCCACAACCCCAGAGUUGGUCAUGACUGGACCUAAUGGUCAGGGGCCCCUUUACCUUUAAGUAUUAAAAGUAGGAGGUGCUUGGAUUCUUCCUGGCUGGGCUCUGAAGCCCCCUUAUCCAUCCUGAGGUCACCCAAAGGUGCCUGGGUGGGUGAAGCAGCUUGGGCAUCACUUGGCGCUCUCAAGAUUGUCCCAAAAAAGAGCAAAGGUUAGAUUUCUUGAACUGAUGUACAGGCUCCAUUGACGCCGGGGCUACGUUCCAAGGCACUGAAGGCAUCGGUGAAAUCCUGUAGAAUUGAAACCCAUUGAGAAAGCCCGAAAAACACCCCUUUUUGCCACUGUUCCACCCUUUUAGUGACGUUUCAGUGACGCCUUUAUGAUGUUCUCUGGGGUUCAGCACAAUGCGCAUAUACAUGUUCACACACAUAUUGAACGUGCGUAAAUGAGCGGGGGGUGGGGGGGUUGCCUGCAUAAACUCCCACAGGGGAAAAUUCCAACAUGAUUUACAAUGAGAAUAAAAUGAUAAAAAUACUUCCAGAGAAAGGGCAAGGAGGAGGCUGCAGAACAGAAGUUUAUAAAAUAAUGCGUGGUAGGGAGAAAGUGAAUUGAGGAAAGUUUUUCUCCCUCAGGACCCUAUUUUUUUACAGUGGUACCUCGGGUUUCAUACGCUUCAGGUUACAUACGCUUCAGGUUACAGACUCGGCUAACCCAGAAAUUUUACCUCGGGUUAAGAACUUUGCUUCAGGAUGAGAACAGAAAUUGCGCAGCAGUGGCAGCGGGAGGCCCCAUUAGCUAAAGUGGUACCUCAGGUUAAGUACAGUUUCACGUUAAGAACGGACCUCCAGAAUGAAUUAAGUUCUUAACCCGAGGUAACACUGUAUUUUAAUUAUUCAGUUUAUUAUCUACUUCUCACCAUAAAGUCCCAGGAUGCUCUACAACAGUUUAAAAUACAGUACAGUAGUACCUUGGUACUCGAACAGCUUGCUUCCCGAACAAAUUGGCUCCUGAAUGCCACAAAUCCGGAAGGUACUGUAUUUUUUGCACCAUAACACUCACUUUUUUCCUCCUAGAAAGUAAGGGGAAAUGUCUGUGCGUGUUAUGGAGCGAAUGCCUGCGGGUGGCGGGGGGGAUCUGCUGCAGUCGUGAGCAGAGGAUCCAUGGUUCCCCUUCCUUCCCUCCUCCGUGGUUACAAAGCAUGGAUCCACAUGGAUCCUCAGGAUUUUUGCAUUGGGCUACUCCAAACUCACUGUCAGAUCACAUGUCUGUGGCCACAGCAUGAACCACAAAAAUCAUAUAUCCACUAUUUCGUUUAGAAUAUUUUUUUCUUGUUUUCCUCCUCUAAAAACUACGUGCGUGUUAUGGUCUGGUGCGUGUUAUAGAGCGAAAAAUACGGUAAGUCUUCUGGUUUGUGAAUGUUUUUUGGAAGCCAAAUGUCUGACGCAGCUUCUGAUUGAGUGCAGGAAGCUCCUGCAGCCAAUUGGAAGCUGCGCCUUGGUUUUUGAAUGGUUUCAGGAGUCAAACGGACUCCCGGAAUGGAUUAAGUUAGAGAACCAAGGUACUACUGUAUUAAGAACCCAGAAACAUUUACCGCCUCUGAUUGUGGAGGCGGAACAAUAGCUGUUGUGGCUAGUAGCCAUCAAUAGCCGUCUCCUCCAUGACCUGGUCUGUUCCUAAAACCUUUUAUUGGCAUCACAUACAACAUCCAAAACAAAACAAAUCAAUACAGAAUUACCACUUCCCCAGUGGCACAAAACAUUUGCUAAAAGACAGGAGGCAGAGCUGUCUGUCGUAUAAAAGGUUUUAUGAACGAAUUGGUCUGUUCCCCUCUGAGGUCUUGACGCCUGCCUACUCCAUUUCCUCCUGCCUUGCUUCCACAGCCACGGGUGCCUCUCCUGCUCAGCCGCAUGAAGGACCACGGGAAGGUCUUUUUGGCCACCAACAGUGACUACAACUACACAGAUGUAAGUAAGCCCCACCCCACCCCACGGCUCACCGAGGGCGGAUGGGUGCACCUCCGUUCUCCCCACUUUGUGUCUGGCUCCACCCACGGAGAGAAGACGUGGCUGGCUGCCAGACGCGUGCAACGCUCGGCCCCCCACUUCUGUAGAUCUUCCCCACUGAGCUAUCCGCCCAGUGCCACUGCCCCACACAAUGCCAUAGCAGGCAGGGGGACAUUGUUGGCUGGCAGGGGUCAGGAGGGGGAGCCACAGAGUCAGAGAAGUGAUGGGAGCCAGGGUGGCUCCUUUGGAAACAAGGAAGGUGAGCCUGUCUUUGGUUCAAGUUCCUGAAGGAAGCUCCAGUGACACGUGGGUCUGUCCCUUUUCUAGGCGAUCAUGACGUACUUGUUUGACUUCGGAGAAGACGACGUGGUGAGUCGCCGCUUUCCCCGAUUGCUAGCUCUCGCUCUUUCUCUUGCUCCCUGCUCCCAAGUGUAGCAUUCCCAAAGCAAGGGAGGAUUGGACUCUGAUUAAUAUACACACAGAGGCUUGACCAGCAAGACUCUGGGAGGGGUGCCAAUAAUAAUCCUGUCCACCCCUUGGCCCAGGUCGUUUUAUUCACAAAAGAACUUUUUACACAGUGUUUGUAAGAACCAAUCAGAUUACCUCUGAGCAUUAAAAAAAACAAAAACCACAUGGGGACAAAGUUAAAGUUAAAACUACAAAGAAACUAUUUCCUACUUGAGCAUGCAUACAUAGUUCAGAGUAAAUAAAAUAGGAAUCAAGGAGGAAUGCUGUUAGGAAACACCGGAAGUCAUAAACGGCAGUAAACGGGACAGGAAGGAUGGCAGUAUUUACCAUCUCCUUGUGAACUCUCUUCCUGGCCCUUAGAUUAACAAAAUCAAGGAAAGGCACAUCGGAGAAACUACCUACUAUCUUUAUGACCCAGGAUGCCUGAUGAACAACUGGCCUGUGUAUUUAGAAUGCUUAUAGGUGCCUGUCAGGCGUAGAGAAAGCAAAUGACAGAGGUGCAGAGGCUUGUGGGAUUCGAUCAGAAAUUAUUGUCAAUGAAUCAAACCCAGUCAACGCAAUGCUUUCACUGCGGACACAAUGGCUUGCUCUAUAUUUCAUAAUUCCUCAUAGCAAUCCCACCUGACCCCCACACUCUGGAUAUUUGCACCCCUACAUCAAGGACCAGUUGGAAAACUCCACAAGGGGGCCUCAUGUGAGGAGAGCUUCUUGUCUCCUGUUGGGUGACAGGAAUGGGGGAGAUUCCCCUGGCGGGGUGCCGCCUCAUGGGUGGGCCAGUUCUGGGUUAGAGUGUUGGACUAGGACUCUGGAGACACCAGGGUCUGAGUCUCCUCCAUGAAUCUGUCACUGGGUGUGACAUUCUAUCUCAGCCUGACCUACCUCACAGGGUUGUCGUGGGGACAAAAUGGGGAGGAGGAGAACCCCCACACGCCACCUUUCAGAGGAAAGGUGGAAUAAUAAUUAUAAUUAUAAUAAUUUAUUAUUUAUACCCUGCCCAUCUGACUGGGUCUCCCCAGCCACUCUGGGCGGCUUCCAACCAAAUAUGAAAAACAAUACAGCGUCAGACAUUAAAAACUUCCCUAAACAGGGCCGCCUUCAGGUGUCUUUUAAAAGUAAAAUAGUUGUUUAUCACCUUGACAUCUGGUGGGAGGGCGUUCCACAGGGCAGGUGCCACUACCGAGAAGGCCCUCUGCCUGGUUCCCUGUAACCUCACUUCUUGCAGCGAGGGAACCACCAGAAGGCCCUCGGUGCUGGAUCUCAGUGUCCGGGCUGAACGAUGGGGGUGGACACACUACUUCAGGUUACACAGGACUGAGGUCGUUUAGGACUUUCAAGGUCAGCACCAACACUUUAAAUUGUGCUCAGAAACGUACUGGGAGCCAAUGAAGGUCUUUCAGGACUAUGGUCUCGGCGGCCGCUCCCAGCCACCAGUCUAGCUGCCGUAUUCUGGAUUAAUUGCAGUUUCCGGGUCACCUUCAAAGGUAGCCCCACGUAGAGCGCAUUGCAGUAGUCCAAGCGAGAGAUAACUGGAGCAUGCACCACUCUGGCAAGACAGUCUGCGGGCAGGUAGGGUCUCAGCUUGCGUACCAGAUGGAGCUGGUAGACAGCUGCCCUGGAAUACAAAUGUAAUAAAUAAACAAAUAAGCUUCCAGACUCAGAGGUCAGCCUCUUCCCAACAAAGACCCCCUCCUACCCAGCUCUAAGCUGCCCUGAUUUUUCCCGUCCCACGGCAGGAAGCACCCCAGAGCCGGCCUUGGCGCUCCUACUUUGACCUGAUUGUGGUGGACACUCGCAAGCCGCUGUUCUUCGCGGAGGGCACUGUCCUUCGGCAAGUCAACACGGUAAGUACCCUUUUGGUGCCAGUUGGGAGGCUGGAUGGGGGUAGAGGCAUUGCAGGGGGUUGGACUAGAUGGCCACUGGAGGGCCCUGACCUGAACAGAAGUCCUGCCGGCUGGGAUGGGCCAGGAUCUCUGAGUCUGGCUGGGAAAGCCCCUCUUAGAGAAUUUUCUAGAGCAGAACACAUAGACAAAGGCAAUUCCUUUAGCUUGGGUUCCUGCAUUGCAGGGGGCUGGACUAGAUGACCCCUGAGGACCCCUUCUCAACUCUACAAUUAUGUGAUUCCGUGCUGAGCAGCUGGAAAGCCACUCACCCUGCCUUCCAGCUUACCUCAUUCCUCCCCUGCCCGACAUAACUCCCUGUCUUUUUUUCUCAGGACACAGGGAAGCUGCGGAUCGGUACCUACACAGGACCCCUUCAACACUGUGCUGUCUACUCGGGAGGUAAAGCCUGCACCAAAGCUAUAGGCCAUGUUGGGAAAACUGCCUGGCCUUUAAAAGAACCCCCAAUAUUAGCCAGACGUCAGUUGCUGCAGAAGGGAAACUGAGCCACAGGGAGUGGCAUGAAUCCAUCAGGUCUGGAAUCUGCUGCCUCUGUUGUUAACAAAAUCUGCCCUUUCUCCCUUAUCCAAGAGCCCAUAUAGAGUCCUUACGUAGGUUCCCUAUUGGUAGGAGAAAAUAACAGAGGCCAACCAGAGAAUAUUGAGAAGCAAAGCAGCUAGUAAGCCUGAUCUUUAUUGAUCUGUUGCAACAGGGUCCUCACUCACCACACGCAGGAGGGAGGAGGAACCCAGAACAAUGGCGCGCAAGGCCUUAUAUAGACAUUUUAAAUUCCCUGCCCUGGAGCUCAAGACCACCCCUCCAUACAUCAUACAUACAUCACAGAAGGGGUGUAACCCAAGACCACCCCCCCACAUACCUCCAUCACAGAAAAGGUGGUCUAAAACAGAAAUUUGAAUGUUGUUUUUCCUGUUUGCCAGGUUAUCUGAUUGCCUUUCCUGUCUGUCUGUCACCCAUUAAAAUGCUGAUUACUCAAUUCCUGAGACAAUGGGAAGGCUCCCUAACCCCCUUCCCUCCUUGCAGGGAAAACAUUUGGUCGGUUUGGGAAUCAAAAUGGUUUCAGGUCGGUCUUCCUGUGCUGAUGUAUGUACGUGCUUGGUUGGUACACGUACAGUGGUGCCCCGCAAGACGAAUGCCUCGCAAGACGGAAAACCCGCUAGAUGAAAGGGUUUUCCGUUUUUGAGUUGCUUCGCAGGACGAAUUUCCCUAUGGGCUUGCUUCGCAAGACGAAAAUGUCUUGCGAGUCUUGAGAAUUUUUUUUCGCUUCCCCCCCCCUUUAUCUAAGCCGCUAAGCCUUUAAUAGCCUUUUAGCAGCUAAUCCGCUAAGCCGAUAAGCCUUUAAUAGCCGCUAAACCGCUAAUAGCGCUAAUCCGUUAAGCCGCUAAUAGGGUUGCUUCGCAAGACGAAAAAACCGCUAGACGAAGACACUCGCGGAAUGGAUUAAUUUCGUCUUGCGAGGCACCACUGUAUGAACAUUUGACAUAUAUCUAAGACCUCAAAAUUCCUAUCACACCUCUUCUCUUUCCAGGCUCUUCAGACCUGGUGUGUGACCUUUUGGGAGUGAAGGGCAAGGACAUCUUGUACAUCGGAGACCACAUAUUUGGGGACAUUCUCAAAUCCAAGAAGAGGCAGGGAUGGAGGACCUUCCUGGUGGUGCCUGAGCUGGCCAAGGAGCUGCAAGUCUGGACAGAGAAAAGCGGUGAGGAGGAGGAAGGUUUCAGUGGGUGGAGGCAGGCUCCUCUCACCCCUUUGCAAUGACCCAGAGAGCACCACCAGCCAAAUUCUCUGCACAGUGCCUUGUUAAUCUCUGGAACUCCCUCCCACAGGAGUCAGUGCUGGCUAGCAACUUGGAUGGCUUUCAAAGAGGAUUGGCCAAAUUUGUGGAGGAAGAGAGGGCUAUUGAUGGCUCCUAGCCAGGUGGCUCUGCUCUGCCUGCAGAGUCCGAGGCAGCGAUGCUUCUGAAUUCCAGCUGGUGGAAACCACAGGAGAGGAGAAUCUUGCUGGUGGUCUUCAUCUGGUUGGCCACUGUGAGAUGAGGGUUCUGGAUUAGAUGGGCUAUUGCCCUGACCCAGCAGCCUCUUCUUAUGUUCUCUGCCCUCCUGUGGUUAAAGGGGUGUCCCAGCCCACUCUACCUCCAGAUCUUGGCUCUGAUCCUUUUACUGGUGCCCCAAACCAGGUCUUAUUUCCUAGAUGUGUAUCAUAUAGCUUUGUUACUUGCUGAUACUGUUGUAAAUAAAAAUAUGCCCUUUUCCCUUAUGGGGUAUCCAAGAGCCCAUAUAGAGUCCUUACAUAGGUUCCCUAUUGGUAGGAGAAAAUAACAGAGGCCAACCAGAGAAUAUUGAGAAGCAAAGCAGCUAGUAAGCUUGAUCUUUAUUGAUCUGUUGCAACAGGGUGCUCCCCUCACCCGCAGGAAAGGAGGAGGACCCCAAAAAUGCUAUGCAAGGGCUUGUAAAGACUUUUGAAAUUCCCAUCCUCUAGAUCAAGACCACCCCCAGAAACAUUAUGCAUUCAUCACAGAAGGGGUGUAACCUAAGACCACCCCUCAGAUAAGGCGGUCUAAAACAGAACAUUUGCAUGUUGUUUUCUCCUGUCGCUUUGUUUAUUUCCUGUCUGGCAGGUUACUUGAUUGGAUUUCUUGGGGAGCCUUGGCAGUCUUUUGUAAUGAUAAGGCUCACACCCUUAUUCAAACACAGAUUAAGACAGGGAGGAAGAGACAAUGGGGAGGCUUUUCCAUUUUUACCAUGCAGAGAAACAUUUGCUCAGUUUAGGAAUCAAAAUGGUUCCAGGUUGGCCUUCCUGUGUUGAUCUAUGUACGUGUGGUUAUGAACGUUGCCAUAUAUCUAAAACCAUAAAAUUCCUAUCACAAUACCAAGAAUCUAAAGACCCAUCUCAUCCCCAGUUCUAAGAGGUUGUGCUGGCAGGUCUUUUGCCCCUCCUUUUCAGAAGCCACACCUAAGAAUGUCCAUUUCCCCCUCCACAGAACUUUUUGAAGAGCUGAGGAGCCUGGACAUCUUCUUGGCUGAGCUGUACCAGUAAGUCGGGAUUCCUGCCCAUUAGCACUUUGCCUGUUGCGUGCACAUGAGAAAUUUGCAAGGAACCCAUGUUUCGUAUUACUAGAAGAGAAACUUUGUUUUUAGAAAGACGGACAAGAUUCUGAAUGUGGAGUCAUUGCCAGGGAGAGCUGCCUCUGUUGGAGGCGUUGCCAUGGCUGGAACUGGACUGGAAGUGUCCUGCGGUGCCCCCUGCCCUGAUUAUGGCGAUUAUAGAAUCACAGAAUUGUAGAGUUGGUUGGGACCACCAAAGAGUUAUCAAAUUCAUCCCCCUGCAAUGCAGGAACCACAGUUAAAGAAGCCCUGACAGAUGGCCAUCCAGCCUCUACUUAAAAACUUCCAGCGAAGGAGAGUCCACUACCUUCGAAAGGAGUCCAUUCUACGGACAAACAACUCCCACCCUCAGAAAGUUCUUCCUGAUGCUUAGUCAUAAUCUCCUUCCUUGUCAUUUGAAUCCAUUGGUUCAGGACUUACCCUCUGGGGCAGCAGAAAACAAGCUGGCUCCAUCUUCCAUGGGACAGCUCUGAAGAUGCUGAAAGAUGGCAAUCAGAUCCUCUGUUUUGUGUAUUUAGAGCAUCUGUAUGUUGUCCUUCAGCCAGAAAGAAUGGGCUUACAUACGAUACGAUAUCUUUAUUGUCAUUGUCCCAUACAGAACAACGAAAUUGAAAAAAUCUACAUCAGACAUUCAAAAACCAAUAAGUCUGCUAUCCUAGUCUGGUUAACCCCCUAAAAACUCUGAUACCCCAUAAUUAAAUACAAUAUACUCACAUAGAGACUACCUUACACUUCGUUUAAAACCAAAAUCGCAUUUGGAUAGAAACUGUUUCUCAGGUGGCUAGUCCUAGCCUUUAUAACCCUGUACCUUCUUCCAGAAGGCAGAAGCUGAAAGAGAUCACUAUCCUGUGCUAUCUCUGCAGACUUCUUAUGACACCUGGAAGCAUAGAUUUGAUCCAAGGUGGGAAGAGUGCACCCAAUUAUUCUCUCCGCAGUCUUUACAACCCUGGACAGCAUUGUUUUUCCCCUGACCGUGCAGCUCCCAAACCCCACACACACAGUAAAAACAAGACAGUCCACACUUGCAGGCUUACAAUUUAAAAAAAGGUCCUAUGACAAACAAGGGAAAAACAACAGAGAGGGAAUAGGAAAAUCAGCAUCCAAAUUCAGGCACCAACUUCAAAACAGCUGUUCCUAUAAUCUCCAGCUUGUACAGUUCAGGGGCAAGGAAGUGCCGUGUGGAACUGGGGCCCCAGCAAAUCUUUAGGCAGGCAGUGUGACCUCCAGAAGGGAUUCAGGUGGGAUUUUGAGCACAGGUGUCCUCUUUUCCUCCCCCAGGCACCUGGACAGCGGGAGCAACGAACGGCCGGACAUCAGCUCCAUCAAGAAGCGGAUUCAGGUACCCCCCCCCCCAGUUCCCAAGCAGCAUCUUGGCCUAUGGCCUUCCUGAGCCCAUCACUCAAGCCUUUGGGCUGCUGGUCAAGGCUUCUGGGGCCAGAGCUCAGCCUCACUCAGACACAAAUCCCUUUAGGGCUUGCUUAGUACGCAGCAAGGGACGCGGGUGGCGCUGUGGGUUAAACCACAGAGCCUAGGACUUGCCGAUCAGAAGGUCGGCAGUUCAAAUCCCACAAUGGGGUGAGCUCCCGUUGCUCGGUCCCUGCUCCUGACAACCUAGCAGUUCAAAAGCACAUCAAAGUGCAAGUAGAUAAAUAGGUAGCGCUCCGGCGGGAAGGUAAAUGCCGUUUCCGUUCGCUGCUCUGGUUCGCCAGAAGCGGCUUAGUCAUGCUGGCCACAUGACCUGGAAGCUGUACGCCGGCUCCCUCGGCCAAUAAAGCGAGAUGAGCACCACAACCCCAGAGUCGGCCACUUCUGGAUCUAAUGGUCAGGGGUCCCCUUUACCUUAGUAGGCAGCAGAGCUGGCUAAAGAAUGGAGCCUUAUUUAAGGCUCUGCUGUCUUAUGGUCCAGAUGCCCAGCAGUGUCGUCCUCUUGGUUCCUACCUGGGGGGCUGUGACAGGCCGCAGGUGACAACCAGAAGCCCCAAUGGGGAAACCUGCAAGCAGGAUUUGAGUGCAAGAGCCCUCACCCUCCUCCUGUGGUUUCCAGCAGCUGGUGUUCAGAAGCAUUGAUGCCUCAGUCUGUGGAGACAGAGAAUAGCCUUCUCCUCCAUGAAUUUAUCCAGUUCUUUUUUAAAGCCGUCACUGCCUCCUGCAGGAGUGAGUUCCAUAGUUUAACAAUGUGCUGCAUGAAGAAGACAGAGCCUGUUUUCUCCCACAAAGCAAAGGUCGUCUUGCUGGUCCUAGGCAGAAUCCCCAAACCCACAUGAGGGCAGGAGCUUCUUUAAGCCAAGCAGCACGUUGCACAAAAGCUCCUCUUUAUUGGUUGGUAAACUAGAUGAUGGGCAGGUCCAGCAGUUGGGAGAAAGUCCGUGGGCAAUGGCAGAGGUGUGGGUGACACCUGUUAUAAGAAAAACACCUCUGAUUCCCUUAUGGGGUUAUCUAGAGCCCGUAUAAUGGGACAUGGGUGGCGCUGUGGGUUAAACCACAGAGCCUAGGACUUGCCGAUCAGAAGGUCGGCAGUUCGAAUCCCUUUGACGGGGUGAGCUCCCGUUGUUUGGUCCCUGCUCCUGCCAACCUAGCAGUUCGAAAGCACGUCAAAGUGCAAGUAGAUAAAUAGGUACCGCUCCGGCGGGAAGGUAAACGGCGUUUCUGUGCGCUGCUCUGGUUUGCCAGAAGCGGCUUAGUCAUGCUGGCCACAUGACCCAGAAGCUAUUAAAGCGAGAUGAGUGCUGCAACCCCAGAGUCGUCCGCGGCUGGACUUAACGGUCAGGGGUCCCUUUACCUUUAUUAUAUAUAUAAGACCUUAAUUUUUUUAUUACAUAAAUUUUUAUUUUUAUUUUACCUAGAGGCUCUGCAUUGUGAUACCAAAAGCGAUUCCCUCAGAGCCCACCAAGUUUGUUUUUAGCUCGAUUUGAAAAUCAAAUGAAAGAAUGGAGUAUUUUUUUAAAAAAGAUUAAAAGUAGCGCAGAAUAUCUGGUGGGCCAGCCUUUUGGAAGGCACCCUCAAGAGCUGUAGCUCUCCCCAUGUCCACUUUUCCCCUUGCUCUUCCCCCCACAGGCCCAAAAAAGGUAAUCCACCCCCGCCUUGGUUUUAGGAGGCCCCAGAGAGGUCUGCUCACGCACCACAGAUUAUUCAGGCAGUUGGGAAACAUGGGCUAGAACCGCCAGAUUCAGAACAUUGCAACAUAAGCUUGCCACAGAGGAAAAUUUGUUUUUUUCUCAGGCCCUUGAGCGAUGCAAUCCAGCUGACCACAGCUGGUUUUGCAACAUCCUGAGGGGGUUACUCCAACUUUAAUUACGCCUCUCUCUGUUUCCUGUGUUAAAAGUUAACCAAUCCUGAUAAGAGACUUCUGGUUUUUUCUCUCUCUCCAAGUGUUCUGUUAUAGAGAAGUAGUUCCUAAACAUUUUUGGGCCACUGCCCUCUUGGUUCCAUAUUAUUCGGCAUUUUGCACACCCUAUUAUGGACGAUAAUAACACAAUAAAAUUCAGAACAGUAAGGAUGAAUUGCACAUUUAUUCAAAACCCAGUUAGAACAGUUUAUGUUUAAGGAAGUCAACAAAAGUGAUGCACUUGAUCAAGUGAUACCAGCUUUUUGAAAUAGGAUAGUCAUUUAUACCUCCAGUGCCCCCCACCCGCCCCCUUGGUCAUCCUAUGAUCCCAGUGGCUGCUACAACUCAAGUUGGGAACUCACUGUUAGGGAGUCCUGUAUAUUGGUUCUUGAACUCAAUCCUUUCUGGAAGUCCAUUUGACUUCGAAAACGUUUGAAAACCAAGGCCCCGGAAACCAUGCCGACAGCUGAAAUGGACGUUCAGCUUCCAAAAAACAUCCGUAAACCAGAACACUUACUCCGGGUUUGCGGCAUUCGGGAGCUGAAUUGUUCGUCACCUAAACUGUUCAGAAACCAAGGUACCAUUGUACUUAAAAUACCCCUGGCACCUGGACAUUGUUGGCUGGGUUGGGGGAGCAUUAAAUGUUUUCCUGUUGUGAAAGUCAUGGAAGAAAAUGAGGAAGAAGACACAAUUAAGGGUUCAAUGCAAAAACUUAAAAUAUUAGUUGGAGCGGCCACAGGUCACUUGGACUGCUGUUAAGACUGAGACCUUGUACAGUGGUACCCCAGCUUAAGUACUUAAUUCGUUCUGGAGGCCCGUACUUAACCUGAAACUGUUCUUAACCUGAAACACCACUUUAGCUAAUGGGGCCUCCUGCUGCCGGAGCAUGAUUUCUGUUCUCAUCCUGAAGCAAAGUUCUUAACCUGAAGCACUAUUUCUGGGUUAGCUGAGUCUGUAACCUGAAACGUAUGUAACUUGAGUGUAUGUAACCUGAGGUACCACUGUAUAGGGUGGUAUACAAAUUUCAAUAAUAAUACUAAUAAUAAUAUGGUAAAACUUGCAUACUAGAAAAAGCUACCUCACAUGUGGAACAAGGCCAGCAUGAUUGGUCAUUUGCCAAGAAGCUGCCACCACCAGCGAGCUUUCUUGCUUACAGGAUCUGCUCACUUCUUCAGGGAUGCUUCCCAGUUGAGGGAGUUGGGGAUGUUUAGCCUGGGGAAGACGGAGAGGUGACAAAUACCUGGAAGACGGAGUGAGCUUGAUUUGUGCUCCUUCAGAGGGGAGGACCCGAACUGAUGGAUUCAAAUUGCAUGAAAGGCGAUUCUGACUCAACGUUAGGAAGAACUUUCUGAUGGCAAGAGCUGUUUGCCAGUGGAACGGAUGACCUUGGAAGGUGGUGGAAUCUCCUUCAUUGGAGGUUUUGGACGGCCAUCGGUCAGGGAUUCCUGCAUUUCAGGAACCAGAUGACUUUUGGCGUCCCUUGCAACUCUACAAUUCUAAUAUUCACUUAGGCUUUCAUUUGCAAAAGUCCUGAGAGCCAGUGUGGUGUAGUGGUUAAGAGCGGUAGUCUUGUAAUCUGGUGAACUGGGUUCGCUUCCCUGCUCCUCCACAUGCAGCUGCUGGGUGACCUUGGGCCAUAGCUGUCAACCGUCCCUUAUUUGGCGGGAAACUCCCUUAUCCCAGCGCCGUGUCCUGCUGCUGUCCCUUAUUGUUGAUGUCCCUUAAAUUUCCCAGGUUUCAAAGGAAGCAGCUCCUCUCCCUCCCUCCCUGCCGGCCAGGGAGGCUCCAACUGUGUUGAUUGGCUGCAUUGCUCACCCAAUAAGGAGUCUAAGAACGACUGGGGGGGUGGAGCUUGCAUGCCUUGUGCUGAUCAAAUCGGCCGCGUUGCCUGGGGACUCACCUUUGCUCAGUGCUUCCCAGCAGAGAGGUGACGGUGGUUUUCCUUGCUGCAUCCCCUUUGCUGAGUUGCUGCGCUGUGGGAACCACCGCUUGAGGCUUCGUUUGGCGCUGGUUGACUAAAAUCCCUUAUUUUGGCUGCUGAUCCCUUAUUUUUGAGGCUGCUGGUCCCUUAUUUUCAAAUCUGUAAGUUGACAGCUAUGCCUUGGGCUAGUCACACAUCUUUGAAGUCUCUCAGCCCCACUCACCUCACAGAGUGUUUGUUGUGGGGGAGGAAGGAAAAUGAGAAUGUUAGCCACUUUGAGACUUCUUCGGGUAGUGAUAAAGUAGGAUAUCAAAUCCAAACUCCAAACUCCUCCUCAAUAUACAGAUAGUAGACCUGGAAGUUGUGGCCAUAUCUCGCACAAAGCGUUUGUGUUACCACCAUAGAGAGAUGGGGUGUGUGUGUCUCCUCUCCCCUGACAAAGGACAAAAAACCAAAAAGGGGUACCUGGUUGCCAGGACCCCACCUCCCAAGCCUAGGUUUCCCUGCUUCUAUCCUUGGCGCCUGACUGAGCAGGGACUCUUCUUCUCUUGCAGAAAGUCACCCACGAGAUGGACAUGUGCUACGGGAAGAUGGGGAGCCUCUUCCGCUGUGGGUCCCGCCAGACCCUCUUUGCCAACCAGCUGAUGCGCUACGCAGACCUUUAUGCUGCCUCCUUCAUCAACUUCCUCUAUUACCCUUUCAGCUACCUUUUCCGGGCACCACCCACCCUGGUAUGUGGCUAGGGCAUCCUGGGGCAGGAGAUGGGGAUGUGUGGACCUGCCUCUUGGCCCAGAGAAAGGGCUGAGGAUUAGACAAAUUCAGGAAGCAGAGGGCUAUCGAUGGCUGUACAGUGGCACCUCGGGUUAAGUACUUAAUUCGUUCCGGAGGUCCAUUCUUAACCUGAAACUGUUCUUAACCUGAAGCACCACUUUAGCUAAUAGGGCCUCCCGCUGCCGCUGUGCCGCCGCCGUGCGAUUUCUGUUCUCAUCCUGAAGCAAAGUUCUUAACCCGAGGUACUAUUUCUGGGUUAGCGGAGUCUGCAACCUGAAGCGUAUGCACCGUAUUUUUCGCUCCAUAAGACGCACCUAGCUUUUAGAGGGGGAAUGCAAGCAAAAAAUAUUAUUUAAAGGGAGUUCUGAGCACAGCCUGUAUGUAUCCCAGGCUCUGACGGGCUGCCCUUCUCUCUCCUCGGGGAAAAGGCCCCAAGAGCUGCACACACGCUCCGCGCGGCUCUUGGGGGCUCUUGCGGGAGGUGGGGGAAGGGAGUCAUGUGCUCUGUCCCUUCCCCCACCUCCCGCAAAAGCCGGGGAUAGCCAUGGAAGCCUCCGCAGGGCAGCGGGGAGCCUUCAUCCCACUGCCCUGCGGAGGCUUCGCGGGAUAUCCCAGAAGCCAGAACAGCUAGAGGGAGCGCUGCGCCGCGGUCGGGGAGAGGGAUUCCCACUGGGGCAUCUGGUUGGCCACGUGAGGACAGGAUCCCAUAAUAGAUGGAGCCAGCAAUGUCCUUACAUUACAGGCUUUCUCCAUGGAAGAGACUCCUCCUCUAAGCUGCCGGGGGGAACGGGACAAGAGGGGCAACCGUCUAGCCUUCCUGUACAGGCUUGCAGCUUUUGGCCAGCUCUGCAGCAGCUUCACUUUUUUCUCCUCUGGGAGGCUGGGUCUGCCUCCUGAUGCCCACCCCCAACCCUGACAGUUGCGUGACAAUUCUUGCCCCUCCAGAUGCCCCAUGAAUCCACCGUGGAGCACACCCGGGUGGAGUUCAGCGAGACGGGUCUCCUGGCAGGGCAUGUGAUGCCCCAACACAGGCCGCUGCAGGUGAGUCUCUCUCUGCUCUUCUGCUGUCCCAACGCACUCCUGCAUGCUUCCUCCUUUCCCUCCCGUGGUUUUUGGCUGCCCUCUACUGACACCCACACCAGCACACUGAAAAUGGCUUUAGGUUUCAGUUAGUCAUUGCCAAUACAGUGGUUCUCAAACUUAAUCAGUUCCGGAUGUCCGUUCCAAAACCAAGGCACGCAAUCAAUCAGUACCUGAACUGGGUUCCACCAGAUAGGUAUCAAUAAAUUAUUAUUAUUAUUAUUAUUAUUAUUAUUAUUAUCCUCCCCCCCCCCCACUGCCUUAGGGUUACAUUUUCUGCAACUGGAUUUGAGUCCAGGAAAUAAACUGCUUAAGUGUUUAGCAAGCAACACUUUAACUGCUGCAAAAGAGCAGCUUGGGGGCCUCUCUGAACGCUGUACCACUGUUUCCCUGUCCUGUAGAAGCUGCACAGCGCUUCCCAGGAAGACACUGACGAUGAGCACGACUGA